AUCGACGGCUCUGAUCACUUCCACCUCCGAGAGGAGAACUCGUUGUGAUAACUGAGAACGAUAGUCGACCCUCGUGUCCAUCCCUUAAAACCCUAAACAUUUCUCUAAUUCCCCGUUAAAUCCCAAACGUCUCUCCCCGUUUUCACCAUUUUCAGCCCAAUUUUGAUCUGAUCUUAGGUGAUUGAGUUCAUCUCUGCAGUCCAUUGUCGGUCAUGGACACAGAAGAGAAGAUAUCGAACGAUCAGGAAGGCGUUGAUGACAGCGAAGAGACUGACGCAGUAGAGCUCAUCCUCUUUCAAGUCUCUGAAUGCUAUGUUUAUUUGAUACCCCCAAGGAAAAGUGCAGCUUCCUACAGGGCUGAUGAAUGGAAUGUCAACAAAUGGGCCUGGGAGGGGACACUGAAAGUUGUUAGCAAGGGAGAAGAAUGCAUUAUCAAACUUGAAGAUAAGAAAACAGGUGAAUUAUAUGCUCGGGCAUUUUUGAGAAAUGGAGAACCACAUCCUGUGGAGCCUGUAAUUGAUAGCAGCAGAUACUUUGUUCUUCGUAUAGAAGAGAACAUUGGUGGUCGUCUUCGACAUGCUUUCAUUGGCCUUGGGUUUAGAGAAAGGCCGGAAGCUUAUGACUUCCAGGCAGCCCUGCAUGACCAUAUGAAAUAUCUGAACAAAAAGAAAACAGCUGAAGAGAUGGAACAGCAUUACCAGAAAGCUUCAUCUGUGGAUUACAGUUUAAAAGAUGGGGAGACUCUAGUUCUACAAAUAAAGAAUAAAAGUGGGCAUGGGGUGAAGUCCAAGUUUUUUGAGCAGCAGAGUAUGAACAAUCUCUCACUGGAAGAAAAGACCAACCAAAAAGAGCCAAUUUGUAUCAAACCCCCGCCACCUCCACCAGGACCACUUUCACCUGCUGGUAAGGGCCCAAAUUCCCCAUCAAACUGGGUACCAAAUUUCAACCUGGAGGGAACUUCCAAAGAUGAGGCCCAAGACUCCAUAAGAGAAUCAAAAGAACCACCUUCUCUUGAAAAGCAAAGCCCCCAAGAUACACCAGAUGAUGACUUCGGGGAUUUUCAAACAGCAGGAUAGUUUGAUUUUGUUUAUGUAUACACUCAAAUGCCUGAAUUUUUUUAGUUUCUGUUUUUCUAAAUGGUUUGAUGUAUGUGGUGGUGGUUGCAGUUGUAUCAGUAUCCCCAAUGAAAAUUUCCCUUUUUCUGCUACA